AUGGUGGAUAAGCUCUCCAACCUCACUUUCUACCCCUAUGAUGCCUCCACGCAGGGCCGGUGUCCCCGCCGCGCCGUUCCCCCGACCCCCGCCGCCUCCGCGCCUCCCUGCCCUGCCGAGCCCUCCCGAUCGGCCCCCGCGCCCAAGAAGGGCUCCAAGAAGGCCGUCACCAAGGCGCAGAAGAAGGACGGCAAGAAGCGCAAGCGCAGCCGCAAGGAGAGCUACUCCAUCUACGUGUACAAGGUGCUGAAGCAGGUGCACCCCGACACCGGCAUCUCGUCCAAGGCCAUGGGCAUCAUGAACUCGUUCGUCAACGACAUCUUUGAGCGCAUCGCCAGCGAGGCCUCCCGCCUGGCGCAUUACAACAAGCGCUCGACCAUCACGUCCCGCGAGGUGCAGACGGCCGUGCGCCUGCUGCUGCCCGGCGAGCUGGCCAAGCACGCGGUGUCCGAGGGCACCAAGGCCGUCACCAAGUACACCAGCUCCAAGUGAGGCGCACCGGCCACCCCGGAACACAAAGGCUCUUUUCAGAGCCACCUGUGCUCACAAAGGAGCGUGCCACCCGGGCUGGUUGUGACGGCCUGGGGGAGCGGACGGCGGGACCUGGCCCGAAGCAGAGCUCCUGUACAGGGGUGUCCCCCCGAGCCAGACCCCGGAGACGGGGACCCGGUGAGGUGAGGAUGCGCACCACCUCCAGGAAGGCCUCGGGCGACCUCCCCACCAGCCCCCCGUGUCCCUUCGUGGGUGAGACCGAGGUUCGCUGCGCGCCACCUCCGCUAGGCCCUGAGUGCUGUCGUGUGGCCGUGGCCCCUAACCCGGCGAUGAAUUGAAGCAGCUAUUCUCGGCGUUGUGCGCUUCUGUUGGAAAGAGGACUGUGGGAGCAUAGUGGCUCCAUCCUCUUGGUCCCCUAGAAUUCUUCCUAUUAGAUCAUGGUUGUUUGCUUUUUUUUUCCCCCCCGAAAAUCGUGAAUACUUUUAUUAUAAACCCACCAAAGGGCAAAAGCCUUUUUCAGGAAAGGAAUGGAGGGCUUUUAAGGAAAGAAAAAAAAAAAAAAAAAACAGGUCAAGCACAUGCAAAGUGGGUGCAAUCAGCCUGCUGCAUAAGGGCAGGCCUGACAGGCUGGGCCAGGCUGCCGUCACCCUGAAAACCUCCCCCUGUGCCUCAGACUGCCACAUCUCUGAGAACACCACCCAGAGUGUUCUGACCUCCCUGGGUUUGGGUGCGCCUGGGUGCCCGCGGUGGGCUGGGCCGAGCCAGUCCUGUACCUCAGGGACUCCCCCAUCUCCAAAAACAUUUCACCACUUAUAGUCAGUUCUUUCUUUGCUUUUGUAGCUUUUAUGAAAGGGACAGCCCUCCCUCUGCAUCUUUGGUUUACCACAGAGCAGUUAGCAAAUUUGACUUGAGAUUUUUAGCUGAGGUGGGUGGGGAGAGGCUCACAUGGGAUCCCUGCAAAAUCCCUCGGGGCUUCCAGAUCUGAGUGAUUCCGCGUUAUCUCAAACCCAGAGGUUUCUGCAGCUGUGUUGGGUCCUCACUCUCCAAGCCUGUGCACUGCCAGUACGUGGCAUACCCCUUCAGCAGCCUCCAGCCAAUCGUAAAUCACGUGUCCCUCUGUCGCAGCAGAUUUAGAGGUGGGCUCAGCAUUCAGUGUCCUUCCAUCUUCCUGAUGAUAAAUUCUCAACAGCAGAGACUGUGUCACCCUGCAUCUCCCUGAAUGGGUUCCUUGGUCGGAGAGGGCCAGCCAGGUCCGUUCUGUGCCUGGGGCUGCUGCUGGCUGCCUCUGCAGCCUCCACCAUACUGUAAACAGAGGCAGUCUUUAUUUUUAUUUUUUUAACUUCUGUGUGCCAGAGCAGCCAAAGGACUGAGAAAUUAACAUUUUGCUUCAUCCACAAUGAAACAUGUUCAUACUAUUGUAUUUGGGAACUCUUUAUUUUGCUUCUUGAUUUCAUUUUUGGAACUAAAUAAACAGUAUUGUUGCCUACUGCUAGCACAGUCACACAUUGCUGGAGACCAGUCUCAUUAUAGUGAAAUUAAGCCAAGCAGAGAAUUAGGUGGCUCUGGGAGACUACAUUCCUGUGACCAGAAGUGCUCAUGAAGAGACUGACUCCUGAUCAACCUGGGUACAAGGCUGGGGGCUCAGGCCCAUCAGGAGGCCCCUGCUUCAUAGUGGAAGACUGGAUUCUGGGUGUUCCAUAUGAAUUAGACAUCUCUUAGGAUUCAAGGCGUUGAUUUUGAUGAUACAUCACUGUUUCCAAAUUUGGGGAUUAUAACUAGAAAGGAAAGAAUUGAGUAAAAUACCCAUGCCAAAAUUUCUGUAUCUAUGGUUUUGUUUGGGUUUUGUUUUGUUUUUCUUUUUGGUAAAUAUUGUUUCAGAGCAUGUAUCUAAAAAAGAAAGGGAAAGCAAUGAUGCACACCGCUAUCACUGUAAUCAUAACAAUACCAUCCGUGCCCAUGGAUGCAUAAACAGCCAAUAGGGUAGAGAACCACCAUCAAUCUCACUGAAGACCUAGGUCUCCCUAAAAUUCUAAUUGACAAUUACUUACAAUUGUCUAUCUUUGCUACCUACCAAAACGUAUGUUUUCAUGAUCGCAUACUGUUCAGAUGAUUUUUUAAACACUUUUUGCCCCCCUACAAGUAUUUUUAAAUUUCAAUUUACAUACGUUUUUUAAAAUUUUUUUGAUAAGUAGUAGAUAAGACACUGUCAAAAUAUAUCUUACAUUUGGGUGAAAUUCUGAGACAAGUGCAAUGAGAAUGAGUUCCGAGAGAAAAAAAGGGUCAUCUACACCAUCUCACUGUUAAUGAGGAAAUCUGAUCAUGUUUUAUGAAUUGAUUAUGGUAUCAAAUUGCUAUUACAAUAUAUACCUUGAAAAGAUUGAUGUGAUCGUGUG